AUGGCUCCUACCUGUUCCCGGGCAGGCCUUCGCUUGCUGACGUCGGUCCUGGUAGCUAGCAGUAUCGCGAACGCGGCAGCACUUCCACACCAAGUGCUUGAUCCGCGAACACCUCUCGCGCAAGAUGAGACAGCUCCAUCACCACCUGCGGAAUCCUCGAUCACUCCGGCGGGGGAUGAUCCGGAGAAUGUCUUCGAAGAGCUUGCAGAUAUCCUAAACUCGCACACUGGGUAUCAAUUUCUACGGGAUCUUAUUGAACGUUUGUUUGGCUUGAGAAGUGAAGAGGAAGAUCCUGACUCCACGACGACAACGACGGUUUACGUCACCCCUACGCCUGUGGAGGCAACUAUUUCUGCAACGAUUACACCUACGACAUCAACGGAUGAUGUGAUGUCCAUCCUUCCUAUGUACCCGUUGACUACUGCGAUCAACGUCACGCUCCCUGAUCCAGCAUUCUCCACAGUGUCACUCGGCGAGCCAUCAUCAUCGAUAUCGGAAGUCUUGCCGCCGUUUCCUUUCAACUCGACAUCUUUUGGACCCACCCCAACCGCCGUUAGUAUCACCGACUCGUUUACCGCGAUACUUCCUGGAACCGUACUAGACUCAUCGAGCAGCAACGCUACAACACCCAUCUCAACGACUAGGAUACAAUUGACGAGUGUUCUCAUUGUCACUGCAACAGUGGUCCCAUCACCCUUCCCAGGGACUGGUAACCCGGUCUCUGAGGCUGCGACGCCGCUAUGGCCGAACGCUACGGUUGUCACACCUUCGCCAGCAGGAUCCGGGACUGGUGCUGUGUCGUUGUCCGCGGAGACUGCAAUCUCGAACGCUACCGUUACUCAGACGCCGUUAUAUCCCAACACUACCUUGGUUAUUCCAAUCGUGGUCACUAUUCCCGGCGGCCCAGCUACCGCACUCAAUGUGUCGCUCCCUGUCUCGAUCUUGCCCACGCCGAUCUCUGAGACUGGCAGUUCAGAGUCAGCUGCGGUUGUGUCCGUUAGCGGGACCCCAUUGUACUCAAAUACUACCUACGUGACGCCGACGACUCUGGCGGGUACUGGUACCACUGCGAUUUCUGCGGGAACGAUCAGUAACGCACCGAUUGUCAAUACCGCAACCCCGUUGUUUCCAAAUGUAACAACUACUACUUCGACGACCACUACCACCAUUGGAGCUUCGAUCUUACCGUCGUUAGUGCCCAGUCAAAAUCAGACAAGUAGUAAUGAUACCAUUGUGGAAUUCCCAGGUCUACUUGCCCUUCGUCGCCUUUGUCAGGACCCUCAAAUCAGAGUCAUUUCUCUGCCCCUAUUAAACCGCUUCUACGGCCCCAACGCCUACCCUUCACUGUUCCCCUUCCCCGGUUGUCUUCCACCCAACAAUCGCCAAGCCAUCCAAGCACCUGGACUUCUUAACUGCACGGCCCUCGGCACUGAAGUACAGCGUUGCCAAGCGUCUGGCCGCAAGGUCCUGUUGAGUGUGAAGGCUGAUGGUCUGGAUGCCGUGGGGGGUAAUGCCAACUUCGGCGACCCAUUAAGCGCCUCCGACCCAUUUGGACCGUACUUUGUCGAUGACGCCGUUGAAGACAGUGACGAUAGCGAAGGAUCGGAUAAGAGGAAAAGGCAGAUUUCACUGAACGUUACUGUCAUCAUUCCGCCCUUCCCGCUCUUUAACCUUACGGCACCUGUCUCUGCUGAAUCCGCGCUUGUGCCCUCGGGAAGCGUCUCUGCUGAAUCCACGCCUGUGCCAUCGGCGUAUGGUGCCUAUCCUGUAUUUGUGCCUGCACCUUCAACCACAGCUGUUUCCUCGCCUGUGGACGAGCCAGUACUUCAGCCCUACCCCACCCACAGCAACCCUCUGGAGCCGGUCCCUCCUUUCCCAAAUCUCUUUGAUGAAGCACAUCCACCAAGUGCCUUUGCACUGACCCUCUUCUCCCUCUUUGGCGAAGGCCACACCGAGCGCGCUGACCUGCGCCCUCUCGGCCCCGAGGUCGACUCACCUUCCUCCCCUUCCCCUCUCAACGGUACUGACUGGAUUACUCCGCCCACUACUGACGUACCGACGUUGGCCCGUCCAUUGGGCGAGGAGGUUGUGGUCGAUGGAUUUGACAUCCAGGUACCGGUUCAGUGGAAGGGCGGUUACCAGGACCAGGCCUUCAGGGCACUUGUUAUCAGACUCCGAGAGCUGACCAGGGCGGCUUGGCGUGAGAGUGGAGGAGUCGAGGGAGGCCCGGGGGAUCUGGGCGCUGAUGGAAGAGGUGUCGUGUAUUUUGGCUGGGUUGGGCAGUUGCUGAAGUCUAGGAAGGCGAAGGUAUUGAGUGAGGGGUGGGUUGAGUGGGAUGGACAGUCUUUGUAAUGAAGGUUUUCUUGAACUGUUCAACUAUUGACAUCGGGGCAGUAGGUCAUGGUCAAGAGAUAUACUUAGAGCGAGUAUGCAUUAUAUGAAAGAUGGGGUUGUUAGUGGUCAAGGUGAGCUGAAGUGAAAAAGGGUUUACUUUUGUAAUGAAUCAUAUGACUUAGUUUCGUUCUUAGCAUUAGUAAAGAGUUUCCCCC